AUGAUGUUGUUUAAUAUUAUUCUUACUUUUAUUAUUCUAAUCAGCUCGAGUCUUACAACAUUGAUUGCUUUCACUUUGCUGUUUAUCUUGGUCAUUCAUCUAUCACAAAAAAAAGACGUUGCACUUCUUCUUGCAACAAAUACAUAUGCAGCUAUGAUUGCAUUUUCUCUUAUAUUUCUAUCACAGGCUCUUAUUGCUCUUAAAGCAGAUUUAUAUGGUAUCGAUAAAAAAUUAAUUGGAUGUCAAGUUCUAGGUUUUCUUACUUAUGAAACAUUUGGUUGUUUAUAUAUGACUUUUGUUUUGCAAGCAUUUCAUCGAUUAACAAGAGUUGUAUAUAACAAAUAUAAAUUUUUACAGGCAUUUUCAUUCAAUUUAAUAUGUAUUCUACUUCAAUGGGUUAUUUGUUUUCUUCUAAUUCUUCCGUCAUACUUUUGGCCUGGACCACUCUAUUCUUUUUAUGAAUCAGAUUAUUACUGUGGUAUUCGAUAUGAAAAAAUUCUUGGACUUUCUUAUACGAUUAUAAAUAUUUUCUUUGUUCCUCUUGUUCAUCUGAUGAUAAUCUAUGCUCGUUUGCUACAUUUUAUUCGUUAUCAAGCGUCUCAAUUGUCACAAGAACGACAACGAAGAAGGGCUCAUCGUGAUCUCAUUGUUAUUCGUCGUAUUUUAUUUACUGUCAUUGCUCUUACUUUACCUGGAAUACCAAAUGUAGUUUUCGCAAUCAUGACAAAUAUUGAUUUUCGUUUUUCAGGCUCAUAUUAUAUGUAUCGAAUACAAUUUUUGGGUCCAGCAGUAACGGUAUUUAUACUGAGUAUAGCAAUCAUAUUUAUUACACCACAAAUUAAACAAAUACUUAUGAAAUUAAAGUUAUGUAACAGUCAAGUAGCACCAAUGAUAUUACAAAUACGAGAAUUAAAACAUCCUUCUGUUCUUCUACCAAUGCCAAUUCAAAUUUAA